UCUGUCCUACCUUUUCCCAGGCCCCACCCAUACUACCAAGACCCCACCCCAAAGAAGCCGAGUCCAGGUGUGUGGAGGGGGGCUGAGCCUCGCUGAUAGGGAGGGAGGGGCCUCCGCGUUCCCGGCCCCGCCCCCCUCGAGGAGGCCCCGCCUCCCUGGCCCACUCAGUUCCGCCUUACUUAAAACGGGACCCCGCCCCUGCCCGCGGUGGUCCUCGCGCUCCACGCCCGCCCCUCCCCGCUGGGGAGCUCUAAACCCAGUCCCGGUGGGCGCACCCACCCCGUCACCCCCCGCAGUGGACAAACUCCCCACACAUGGCCAUGGCCCUGCCCGAGCUGCUGGUCCGGCAGCAGUGCCUGUGGCCCGGGGACCCGCGCAGGACGCCCCCGCCCACGCUGCCGCGGUCCGGGACCGCCAAGAUGUUUGGUGGCUUUGGACGUGAUCUGUCUGCUGCUGGUCAGCACCCCCACCAUUCUGUGUGAGAGUGGUUUGAUAGCGCCCCACAUCCAGGGCUUCUUUUGCGAUGACACCUCCAUCAGAUACCCUCGAGUGGCCCAUUUCGCCAUUGAGGACUCGGCCCUCAUCACCAUGGGCUUCUUGAUCUCCAUCUUCACGAUCAGCCUGGGAGAGGUGCUGCACGUCCAGAGCCUGCAGCUGAACUCGUGGGCCUUCGUGAACAGCAUGUAUGUGAUCGUGGUCUACAAGCAGCUGGGUGCCUUCAUCUUUGGCAGCAUGGUCAACUGCUCCCUGGCCAGCAUCGCCAAGAUGACCAUGGGGCACCUGCGGCCCCACUUCCUGGCCGUGUGCCGGCCAGACCCGACCUCCUUCAACUGUGACAGCGGCUUUAUCUCCAACUACACCUGCACUGGGGACCCCGCCGAGGUCCUCGAAGCCAGGAAGUCCUGUUCGGAGCACACCUCCUUCGGAAUAUACUCCAUGUUGUAUCUGAUGCUCUACAUGCAGGCUCGCUACCGCGGAUGCAAGGCCAGACUCCUCCGGCCCACCGUGCAGCUCUUUUUCUUGAGCCUGGCGCUGUGUGCCGGCUACAUCCGCACCCUGGAUUACUGGCACCACCCCCGGGACAUGGCUGUCGGAUUCCUGCAGGGCGCCUUGGUGGCCGCCUGGGAACUUUCUACAUCGCUGGCCUCUUUGACGCCCAAAAGGAGCUACAGUGGCAGGUGGCAGCAGCCGCAGGCGCUAGGCAGCGGCCCGCCGCUUUCAAGCCCCUUCCCCCUUGCCCUCCCUGCUGAUCAUCAGCAGUCCUGGGGUAGAUGGCCCAGCGGGGUCUGCACUGCCAGGAAGCUGCCCCCUUCCACGUGGGUGGAUCCAGGAAGCCCACCCCCCAAAUCAGCCCUCCCGCAGUGGCCUGACACAGGAAAUCCCAUUCCACACACCCCCACCCCCUAUAACCCCCCACAACCACCCCACCACCACCACCACCAUCACCCACCACCCCUAAGCCCAGUCCCCAAAUAA